UGUGCGCGUGACGGCGCUGCGCGUUUGACAGCAGCAGGAGCGCUCGAGGAGAAAGAGAAGCUGCGGUGCGCGCCGACUACACACCACAACACACCAAACGUACAUCAGUCUCAUGAAACCGGGGUCGAGGAUUCAUCACUGGAAUCGCAUCCACACUAUUCUGAGCUGCUGACGUCUGGUUGGAAUUGGAGGAUCCUCUCUUUCAUAGUCGAAACAGUCUUGCUGGCUAAUCGUGGAUGCCCCUGUAUGUUUGAAUGAUCACACUGAGUGCGAAUCACAAGGCCCAGUUGCUUUGACCUGGAGGGGAAGGAUUUUCAUGUAACGCACCCUGCCAUGGACAGGAAGAGGAGUUGCACGCUCUGUGGAGGAGCUGUGAUGAUGCUGCUGCUGCUGCUGGGUCACGUGACCAAUGCAUUAGAAGUGCCUCUAGACCCUAAAGUUCUGGAGGGAUUGCCUCAGCCUCCCACAAUAACUCAUCAGUCCCCCAAGGAUUACAUCAUCGACCCUCGGGAGAACAUCAUUAUCUACUGCGAGGCGAAAGGAAAGCCGGAUCCCAGCUUUUCAUGGACACGUAACGGCACUCAUUUCGAUGUGGAAAAGGAUUCCAAAGUUAUCAUGAAGCCCAAAUCAGGCACUCUGGUCAUUGACAUCAGCGGAGAGAAGGCAGAGGCGUACGAGGGAGUUUACCAGUGCAUCGCCCGCAACGAACACGGCUCUGCCAUGUCCAAUAACAUUGUCAUCCGUCAGUCAAGGUCCCCCUUGUGGUCAAAAGAGAAAAUUGAACCAAUCACAGUGCAGAGAGGAAUGUCUCUAGUGCUGCAGUGCAGACCCCCAGCUGGCCUGCCUCCUCCAAUCAUCUUCUGGAUGGAUAACAAUUUCCAGAGACUCCCCCAAAACAGUCGUGUAUCCCAAGCUUUAAAUGGAGACCUGUAUUUCUCCAACGUGCUCAUGGACGAUACCAGAAACGACUACAUCUGCUACGCACGCUUCCCAUACACUCAAACUAUCCAACAGAAACAACCCAUCACCGUCAACGUGCUGGACAUUGAAGCUAUGAAUGACACUGUGUUGGCAGCUUUUUUGAAUGGCUCUGAUUUUUGGGGUGACAGUCCAUCUGGGGAGAGAGCGCCCACUUUCAUGCAGCCACCAGGAAUGCACAGUACCGCCAUGGUCCUGAAAGGAGACACGUUGCAGCUGGAAUGCAUCGCGGAUGGCCUUCCAACGCCAGAUAUCUCCUGGAGCAAGGUGAACGGGGACCUGCCAAGCGGCCGUUUUUCAUUUCACAGUUUCCAGAAAACUCUGAAGAUAACAGAGGUGACAGAAGCGGAUGGGGGAGAUUACCGCUGUUUAGCCAAGAAUCGCCUGGGGAGCAACCAUCACAUCAUCACUGUAGUGGUCAGAGCGGCUCCCUUUUGGAUCAGUGCCCCUCAGAACCUCAUCCUGGCCCCGAAAGAAACUGGAAUGCUCACCUGCCGGGCGGAUGGCAACCCUAAACCCACGAUCACAUGGUCUGUCAACGGAAUUCCCAUUGAAAACUCACAUAAGGACCCCAGUCGGAAAAUCGAAAAUGGCGAUAUCAUCCUCAGUGAUGUUCAGACAGGCUCAAGCUCUGUUUACCAGUGCAAUGCCUCUAAUGAGUACGGUUACCUGCUGGCCAAUGCCUUUGUCAGCGUCCUGGCUGAGCCUCCAAGAGUGCUGACUCCUCCAAACCAUGUGUACUCAGUCAUCACUAACAGCAGGGCUCUGUUAGACUGUGCUUCGUUUGGCUCGCCACUUCCAAAAAUCACAUGGUUUAAAGACAGUCAGAGCAUAAUGGAUAGUGACUCGUACAUCAUUCAUAAAAACAAUACCUUGGAGAUUAUUGUGGCUCGGCCACUAAACAGUGGCAAAUACACCUGCAUUGCCUCAAACAGUCUUGGGAACAAAGAAAACCACGUUUACCUGGAAGUGAAAGAGCCUACACGGAUCAUCAAACAGCCUGGUUAUAAAGUGGUCCAGAGAAACAGCGUGGCUGUGUUUGAGUGUAAAGUUAAACACGACCCCUCUCUUAUUCCCUCCAUGAUAUGGCUCAAAGACAAUAUGGAGCUUCCCGACGACACUCGAUUUAAAGUGGGCUCUGAUAGUCUGACUAUACAUGACGUGAGAGAGGACGAUGAGGGGAACUACACCUGCAUUAGAAACACCACUCUUGACCAAGAUUCAGCCAGCGCCCUGCUCACAGUAGUCGAGGCCACACCAACACCACCUAUAAUAAUGGAGCAACCAGACCCGCCCACAGACCUGGAGCUGACGGACCAACGAGAGCGCAGUGUUCGGCUUACUUGGACCCCUGGUGAUGAAAACAAUAGUCCUAUUCAAUUGUUCCUGAUCCAAUAUGAAGAUUCGCUCCACGAGCCUGGAGUAUGGGUCAAUAUGACCAGUGUCUCAGGAACCAGCACCACAGCACACCUGGAGCUUUCCCCGUAUGUGUAUUACUCCUUCAGGGUGCUGGCACUCAAUGACGUGGGUCUGAGCGAACCCAGCACUUCGUCUGGACAGUACAGAACCAACCCUGCACAGCCUGAUGUGAAUCCAUCAGACGUUGAAGUCAUUGGAACGUCACCUGACAGUAUGACAAUAACUUGGAGGGAGCUGACUGGGCUGGAGUCGAACGGUCCAGGCCUACAGUACAAGGUGAGCUGGAGGCAGAAAGAUCUGGAUCAGAAAUGGACUUCACUCACUCUGGCCAAUGUCUCGCAAUAUGUGGUGAAAGGAACGCCCACUUUUGCACCUUAUGAAGUCACUGUGCAGGCGGUCAAUGACUACGGCCCGGGUCCUAGACCACAGGUGGUGCUGGGAUACUCAGGAGAGGACUUACCAACUAAGGCCCCAGAGAACCUAAAAGUUUCAGUUCAGAAUGGGACAGUGGCGGAAGUGCAUUGGGACGCUGUUCCUCUUUCAACAGUACAAGGGCGACUGAAUGGAUAUAAGGUGAGUUACUGGAAGGUGAGAAGCCUACACAAGCAGGACCCCGAGCCCGAGAAACCACAGGAGCUCAUUUUUCACGGGAGUGAGACGGAGGGUCUUCUGAUCGACCUUCAUCCCUACAGCCAGUACACCCUCAACAUUAGAGCCUACAACGGGAAAGGAGAUGGACCCACCAGCACCAAUCAGAUUUUUGAAACACCAGAGGGAGUUCCUGGGCCUCCUGCACAAUUAGAAGUUGAAAAUCUGAACGUGGACUCAUUGAUUGUGAAGUGGGCACCACCUGUUGAACACAACGGUCACUUGACAGGAUACUUGCUCAAAUACCAGCCUGUCAAUGCAACAGUUGAACUCGGGCCGCUCAAAGAGCUGCUUCUACAACCAAACGAGACCAGCAUCACUCUGGAAAACCUCAAGCACAGCACACGCUACAAGUUCUAUUUGAACGCCAUGACUGUCAAGGGCUCUGGCCCCACUGUUACAGAAGAGCGCGUCACAAUCGUAGAUGAAGCAUUUUUUCCACAUCCCGCAGUAGAUGCGGGUAAAGGCUCAGCCCCCCCUUCACCACCAACCUCCCCUGUCACUCAAUCUUUGCAGCCCCCGUUUCACAAGGCACCACCUGCUGGUCGGAUGUUUGGGAGUGUGAACUCCUCGGUGGAGGAGGACCAUGCUGUGAUAAGCUGGGAAUACUCGGGGCCGGAUAGGAAUGUUUAUGUGGAAUAUGCUAUUGAUAACAGUAACAGUAAAGAACCCUGGAAAGAAGAGUUUGUAAAUGGCACUCGGACAUAUCAGAUUAGAGGACUAAAGCCGGGGAUGUCCUAUAGGGUUCGGGUGGUAGCCAAAGACAACUCGAACACAACGGUCCACAAAUCAGAGGACCUGUUGAUUACAGUUCCAGCCAUGACUAGCAAGCAAGUUGACAUAGCCACACAGGGCUGGUUUAUCGGGCUAAUGUGUGCCAUUGCUUUACUGAUCCUGGUGCUACUCAUCGUUUGCUUUAUAAAGAGGAACAAAGGAGGCAAAUAUCCAGUAAAAGAAAAAGAAGAUGCCCAUCAAGAUCCAGAAAUCCAGCCUAUGAAAGAGGACGAUGGGACAUUUGGGGAGUACAGUGACACUGAGGACCACAAGCCCUUGAAAGGCAGCCGGACCCCAUCCAACGGGACGGUCAAGAAAGACGACAGCGACGACAGCCUUGUGGAUUACGGCGAGGGAGGAGACGGCCAGUUCAACGAGGACGGCUCGUUCAUCGGCCAGUACAGCGGGAAGAAGGAAAAAGACACGGCGGAGGGUAACGAGAGCUCGGAGGCUCCAUCUCCGGUCAACGCCAUGAACUCCUUUGUGUAACUGCCUGGAAACGCCUCGUGACCUUCGACCCAUCCAACACCCCACCUCCUCGUCACACCAUCGUAUGGAGAACAGUCUCUAUUGCACUGUGACCCCCUGACAUCACACAGCAAAAGAAAUAAAACAAACGCCCCUAAUGAAAGAUUCCGCAAUCGGAAUAAAAGCCACAUGACAUUGAGACACAUUAAGUGUAUUAUCCUACAGCGAGCGUACAUAUACAUCGAUAUAUGUGUAUAGGAAUAUAUAAAUUGACAUAUAUUUUAUUAACAUGGCCCCAUUCACCAUCAGAUGGCAUUGUAUCGCACCAUCUCGUCCCUUGGACUCGCUUGGAAUCAUUGACGUCACACCCUUGGCGAAUCAGCAUUAAGGUGCGGUCACAUUUACAGCUCUAUGAAACAGUUUCGCUGAUUCACUGUGCGAACAGUGCAUUUGGCUACAUUUUCGCUAAUGUGACCGUACCUUCAGCCAGCGUUGUGGAGACCGUGAACCUCGUCUGACUAUAUGAUACUCACUUUCGCUUCACAGCUAAUGCCUGUUGCGUUCUGUCGUCAGUGUUCAAAUCGGUAUUAUGCACAUUUCAGGCACCAAUGUCUUUGUGGGCAUUGUUGUGAAGUAUGUAAUACGUGUAAAAGCUGUUAUUAGGCGUCAGAAGUUUUGAAUAUACGAAAAAAAUUGCUGAAUCUAAAAACUGGUUAUCAGGGAUGUGAGGUAGCAUGUUUUUGACACACAAGCACUCUUUUCAGACACAGACGUGGUUUUAUCCUUCUCUUGUGGUUCAUUUUGCACCCUGUGUUUGUUCUAUUUAUUUUUACGACUGAUUAUUUUCAAUGUUUUAUCCCUGAAGUCGUUGACUUAAAGAGUUAAGGUUCACUUCAUCCAGGACUGUUAUUGUGAAGGAAAGCCCCCCAGUCAGCCAUGUAGCCGCCCACGACCCCGCUUUGGGCGCCAGAAUUCGCGCUGCUCUUGGUGUGGUUGUACAGAACGGGAUGCAACGAAGGCCCCUCAGCACGGUUCCUUAGUGCCUUGGUAGAAAACAUUAUUCCGUACUCAAAAUUCCCUGUCAUCGCUUUGAGCGCAGCCAACUUUUAUAUCAAGCAAGCGAUACCCAAAUCCUGGGCUGAGCGAAGACCGCAAGACUCAAGGAAACGAUGUCACCUGAGGGGCAUCUCAUCCCCCUUUUCGACAGCUAAAAAUACUGCCACUUCUCUGUAAAGAGUGAACUGCUGUUGAUCGGUCUGACGGAAACAAACGGCUGUAGCUUGUCCUUGGGAAGAUCUCAACAUAGUAGGCAGAAAUAUACACAUUCUCACAUGUAACCAUUUUUUAAAUCACGUUACUGCAUGUUAUUAAGUAUUACGAGCUGUCGGGUGUAGUGAAAUCAGGGCUUCACUAAACACACGAUUGACAGCGGUGCUGUCGUCGAUUAUGGCUGGAGUGUGUGCGGUUUAUGCGGGCAUGCAUGAAUAUAUUUGUGUGUGUUUGGAAUGGAUGAAUGCGUGUUUAUGUCUGUUCACUGUAUAUAUGGGGGCGAGCCUUUUUUUGUUGGCGAGGCCCUUUAUUUUCAUGAUUUAGCUUGUCAUAACUUGCAUCAAGUUUUUUAGUUUGGAUUUGUCUGCUUUUUAAAUGUAUAGAUCUGACAUUUGCUUUGUAAAUAUCCAGCCAGACACAUGAAAGGACGCCGAGGCGGCUUGAGCGUGACGGUAUAUCCCAGGAUGCUCUAGGGAAACCGUCCCACCAAUUUGUACCGUAAAUCACUUUGGAUGAAAAAAAGAAAACCCCAUUCGAUUGAGUACGCGUAAGGUAGCGCUGCAGAAAACCGCACAGUGUUCCACCUGAAUUCACACACACAUCAGCUCUUAACUCUUUUAAUGGCACUGUUGUUUUCUUUUCUAUUUGGCCAGCUAGUUUGACUUUUUUCUGUAGGGAAAUUAAGAGAAGAGAUGGACGCAUCCCCAAAGGAGGAGGCCGGAUUGCACUGCUGUGGGUGCAGAAUCUUUUGAUGUGUUUUUGUCGGAGGGGGCAAAGACGAAUGAAACGUAGUGUGUGAAAUAAUAUUCUGGUUAAUGUUAAAGCUACAUGAAAAUAAAGCAUGAAAGGCUGUGAAAUGGUUUACUCUAUAAUAUAAUCGCAAAAAAAAAAUAUUUUGUAUAUAAAAGGAUUCAAAUAAAUGUUGGUUUCCGGAUUUCACUA